CCAUCUUUUUGAGUGUGACAAAAUUUUGCUAUUUUUUGUUCCAUUGACAUAGUCGAAUCAAACACAGUACAACUUGUUUUCGACUGUCAUGUCCAGUCCUGUAUAACAAAUGGGGUUAACAAUGUCUAUAAAAGAAAGCCAUCAACUAGAGGUUUAGAUAAAGUAAUCUAAAGAUAUGGAAGAGGUGAAGCUUUUUAGGACAUGGUCAAGCCCAUUUGCUCUAAGGGUAGUUUGGGCACUCAAACUAAAAGGCAUAGAGUAUGAGACAAUCUAUGAAGAUCUUGCAAACAAGAGUUCUUUACUACUCAAAUACAACCCUAUUCACAAAAAAGUUCCUGUAUUGUUGCACAAUGGAACACCAAUAUGUGAAUCACUUGUAAUUCUUGAGUAUAUUGAUGACACAUGGAACAAAACUACUCCUCUUUUACCUAAAGAUCCAGUUGCUAGAGCCACUACACGUUUUUGGGCAAAGUUUAAUGAUGAGCAGCUUGCACCAUCAGUAUUCAAUGCUUACACAAGCCAAGGAGUGGAGCAAGAGGAAGCAAAGGCUCCUGCUUUAAAAAACCUAGAAAUUGUCGAAAAACAGCUAAAAGGGAAGAAAUUCUUCAGUGGAGAAACAAUUGGAUUCUUAGAUCUUGCAUUUGGAUGGAUUGCGAAUUAUCUUGAAAUAUUCGAAGAAACAAGUGGCAUAAAACUCUUAGAUGAAGAGAGAUUUCCUCUUAUAAUGUUAUGGAAGGAUAACUUUUAUAAUAUCCCAAUAAUUAAAGAAAGUUGGCCAGAUAGGGAGAAGUUGGUUACCAAGUUCAAGGUCAUGCGUGAGUAUUUUCUUUCUGUUAAAGCAUCUAAAUAAUCAUUUAAUACUUUCAAAUCGUGAUUGAUGACUUAUAGUGAAGACAUAAAUAUUUUAUACUUCUAGAGCGUAAAUUAUUUCGUUUUUUAAGUUGGGUAGAUUGCAAUAAAUAGCCAUGUAUUUUACACUUGUUAUCAACUAGUGGGGAUUUCUCUAUGCCAUGUAUUUUACACUUGUUAAGGACCAUUUAUGUAACUUUGCAAAAUUUAUAGGACUACUUAUGUGACAUUAGAAAAAAUGGUGUUACACUGUACACAACUUGUAUUUAACGUAAGUACAGCUUAUAUAACUUUGCAAACUUUAUAGGACUACUUAUGUGACUUUACAAAUUAUAAAAGAAAAAUAAAUAAAUAAAUAAUAAACAAUAAAAAAAAUGGUGUUACACUAUACACAACUUGUAUUUAAGCUAAGGACAACUUAUGAAACUUUGCAAACUUUAUAGGACUACUUAUGUGACUUUACAAAUUAUAGAAAAGAAAAGAAAAAAAAAACAGUGUCGCACAACUUGUUAAAUGUUAGAUAUAUAUAAUAUAGUGUAGUUAUAUGUAUUUACGCAUAAUAGCAACACACUUCCAUUUCUUUAAAAAUAAUAGCAAUAAAUAACCC